GUACUUAAAAAGUAUAAAGAGACAAAUAAGUCAUUCUAGCUCUUUAGUGUCAUAAGUCUAGAUCUAUCUAGGUCUAGAGAUUUAACAUUGAACCUGUGUCUUAGGAUUCAACAAACUAUUAAAUAAUUCCCAGGCCGUUUAAAGCGACUGAAUGACAGCAAGCUGUUUGAGCAAAACACAACCAUGUUUUUAUAUAAACCACUUGUAAAAGCAUUAGUGACAUCCUUUACAGCUGAUAGUGGUUCAAAUUAUUAUCGUUGUUUUAUUAGAUGUAGCAGCACAAUCAAGGAUUCAGUCAACCUUUUGGCAACUUAUAAAAAGGAGAAACAAGUGAUCUCAGCUGAUAGAUCAUUUGAACAUGCCACGCCUUCCCCCUACAUCAAACCAGGUGCACGAAGAUAUGGAUAUAGAAAGACGUAUAUGACUUCAGGAGUUCUACCUCGUCCUGAUGGUCCUCUCAGAUCAAUUCCACCAUACAAAGUCAAAGAUAGUUGGUCAAAACCAAAGGCAUUGUUUGGUCAAAAUGACUAUAUUGAUAUCCUUGGAGACGGCACCCUUCAUCCUGCUGACCUGUUGACUGGCCCACGCUGGUUGAUAGCCUUUAAAGGCAAUGAAAGGGAAAGGCUAAUGCGUAAGAUGGAGUGGGAGGGGCCUCGUCUCAAGAUGUUUUAUCCGACAGAAUAUAAUCGCAUGGAUAAGAGGAUCCGCUACUUGACUAAAUUGUACAAUCACAAAAGGUGUAAAAGAUGGCGUGAUGGUCCAAUGGAUGACUGAUCAUGUGGUGGAUGUUUAUGUUGUAGUGGUAAGAAAAAAUAAAUCAUACUUGAUGGGA